CGUGCCAACCGGCCACCUUCUGCUGUCUUCCGCCGCCAUGUUGAACGAACAAGAGAAAGUACGCACACAAGAGGAUCCUGGAGACGCGGAGGAUGAUGUGCAAAUGUUUUGUUACGGGCCGCUCGCCGGGUCGAUAUCAACGCUUGGGAAAGAAGUAUAUAGUAACACUGUGAAAAUGUACUGCUCGACGCUGACACAGUAUGAGGAGCAGAAGAAACCUGAUCAAAAUCUGGAGAAGGACGUGGUACCACUUCCGAUAGGGAGGGAACAAACCCGAGUUAGCCAGCCGAUAAUAUGGCGGAAUGUGAUUGCUAUCGCAGUGCUUCAUUUCCUGGCCGUCUACAGUUUCGUGACCCGUUAUUCGGAAGGGACGCUGUGGAUCUGGAUAUUUACCAUAGCGUACGGGCUCACCGCCGGUUUUGGAGUGACGGCAGGGAUGCAUCGAUUGUGGGCACACAGAAGUUACUCGGCCAAGACACCACUGCGGAUCGUUUUGGCAUGUUUGUAUUGCAUGAUGGGACAGACGCACUUCUACAAAUGGUUACGGGACCACAGAACGCAUCACAAGUAUUCGGAAACGGCCGCGGAUCCGCAUGACGCGACACGAGGCUUCUUUUUCUCGCACAUAGGCUGGCUAAUGAUGAAACGGCACCCGGCAGUCAAGGAAUACGGCAGUAAAAUCGACAUGAGCGAUAUCCUCGCUGAUCCAGUAAUCACGUUCUUCGACAAGUACUACGAGAUAAUAAUGAUCUGGCUGGCUUUCGUCUUCCCGACGCUGCUCCCGGUGUACCUCUGGGGCGAGACGUGGUACGUAAGCUUCCACGCGACAGUGAUCCGCUACGUCUUUUCGCUGCACGCCACGUUCGCCGUCAACAGUUUCGCUCACAUGUGGGGGAACCGGCCGUACAACAGGCGAGUCAAGCCCACGGAAAACGCGGUGGUGUCCUUCUUCGCGCACGGCGAGGGCUGGCACAAUUAUCAUCAUUCGUUCCCGUGGGACUACAAGGCGGCGGAGUUAGGCUCGUCCUGGCUGAACACCACCACAGGCUUCAUCGAAUUAAUGGAGCGCGUAGGACUCGCGUACGAUCUGAAGACGCCGAGCAAAGAGCUCGUCGAGCGGACCGCGCAGAAAAAAGGCGACGGGACCGACAGCCUUUGGGGCCAUCGCAGGCACUGAAAACGCCCGUGCGAGAUUUACGCUCGGACAUACCGAUCCGCACUAUUUUUCCUUGUCCCUGUGUACACCGGUACGACGGUCGGAUGUGUUCUAGGCAACAGUUCAAUCUUACGUUUUUUAUUAUCCAGACCUCUGGGCAUUAUUCGAAUUGUUUGGAAUGGAUUCUUAACGUUAGGCGGAAUAGACGAAUGAACCCUUGUUAUCGGAACGCUUCGCUCGGACGAUGAUUGCUCGCUAUUUGAAUGGCAAAUUCGAGUGGCUUGUUUAUUUGGGCAAUUUGUCUUUGUUUGUUUGAAUUUGCCGAUCAGUUCCGACGGACAUGUACACACAGUGUAAGUACCUCGAGUAACGAACGAA